AUGCACAUAUCGCUCCCUACGAGAAACAAAUCUUAUUUUCGAAUACGUACACGUACAUAUCAAAUAGGCUUAUAUCAUUCUGACUCUUCACCAAUCAGGGACAUAUCAGUACUACAUCUGUUAAUAGCAACGUUAUGCACUAUUUUUUUUCCAAUUUUUUUUUCGUUGAGUAAAGUUCAGGUCGUACAGUGGCAAGGAACGACUAUUUCUAAAAACUGUAUUGCCUUAACCAUGUCUUUCCCCUUGAACGCUAUCCCUGGCAUGUAUCUGAUAAUUGCUUUCCCUCGUCUACAAACAGUAAUUCCCCUGCAGCGAAAUACUCCUGUUCGAAUUACGAAAUCGGUGAUAGUGAAAGGCGCAGUGAGCGUGCCACGGAUCUCCUCUCCGAUGCACUAG